AUGCAAAUCAAGGACGAUACAAUCUUAACGUGGCCUGACAAGUUGAUGGAAGAUCCCAAUAAGAGGUCCAGAGACAAGUAUUGCCAUUUUCAUCAGGAUCACGGUCAUGACACAUCUGAGUGCUAUGACUUAAAGCAACAGAUCGAGGCUUUCAUCAGACAAGGGAAACUACAACGGUUAGUCAGCAAAGAAAGGACGGACUCACCAAAGGAACAAGCUGGUAGGAGGGAAGACGAGUGCCCUAGGCCACCUUUAGGGGACAUAAGGAUGAUUGUAAGGGACACCGCAGCAUUUGGCUCAUCCAAGAAAGGCCACAAUACCUACCUUAGGAUGGUUCAGAAUGUCAAGCUGAGGGGUUUCGUUCCAAAGAUGUCACGGGUCGACAACCCCAUAGUUGGGUUCUCGGAGGAAGAUGCUCAACGUCUCCACCACCCCCACAACGAUGCACUUGUUGUUAGCAUACAGGUACGGGACUACAACACUCAUCGGGUCUUAGUUGAUAAUGGAAGCUCUACUGAUAUCCUUUAUUACCCAGUGUUCCAGCAGAUGAGAAUCGAGAAAGAACGACUCAUACUAACUAAUGCACCGCUCGUUGGAUUCAGAGGAACGAAAGUAUAUCCCAUCAAAGCAAUCACAUUGCACGUGACGGUAGGAGAUUACCCUCAACAGAUCACGAAGGAUGUUACUUUCCUUGUCAUCAACUACUCGUCCACUUACAAUGCCAUACUGGGCUAA